AUGGAUUCUCCUAUCGAAUUUUAUCUUGUGCUUUUUAUGGUUACUUUCGCAACAGUUUUGAGCCCUACCGUUGCAAAGCUGACUCCAAAUUAUUAUGACAGAAUUUGCCCUAAGGCAUUGCCAAUCAUAAGUCUGCUGUUAAGCAAGCAAUUUACCGCGAGCCACGAAUUGGAGCAUCAUUGCUGCGUCUGCAUUUCCACGAUUGCUUCGUCAACGGGUGUGAUGCAUCAGUUCUACUAG